CUUACAAAGAAACAGACAGAUGAUUUAGGUGAUAAUGAAGGUGCUGAAGAUGAAGAUAUCCGAGAUAGUGGCGGCCCCAAACCAGUGAUGGUGUAUAUACAUGGAGGCUCAUACAUGGAAGGCACUGGUAAUUUGUUUGAUGGGAGUGUCCUGGCAAGCUAUGGAAAUGUAAUAGUCAUUACAGUCAACUACCGCCUUGGGGUCCUUGGUUUUCUGAGCACCGGCGAUCAAGCUGCAAAGGGAAACUAUGGCCUCCUUGACCUUAUUCAAGCCUUACGUUGGACUAGUGAAAAUAUUGGUUUCUUUGGUGGCGACCCCUUAAGAAUAACGGUUUUUGGAUCUGGUGCUGGUGCAUCUUGUGUCAAUCUUUUAACUUUAUCCCAUUAUUCAGAAGGUAACCGUUGGAGCAAUUCAACCAAAGGUCUUUUUCAAAGAGCAAUUGCACAAAGUGGAACUGCCCUCUCCAGUUGGGCAGUUAGCUUUCAACCUGCCAAAUAUGCCCGGAUAUUAGCUACAAAGGUAGGAUGCAACAUGUCAGACACGGUAGAACUGGUAGAAUGUCUGCAGAAAAAGCCUUACAAAGAACUUGUGGAUCAAGAUAUACAACCGGCUCGGUAUCACAUUGCUUUUGGUCCAGUUAUCGAUGGUGAUGUCAUUCCUGAUGAUCCACAGAUAUUGAUGGAACAAGGGGAGUUCCUGAACUAUGAUAUUAUGUUAGGCGUAAAUCAAGGAGAAGGACUUAAAUUUGUGGAGAGCAUCGUGGACCAUGAAGAUGGCAUAUCUGCGAGUGACUUUGACUUUGCUGUUUCAAACUUUGUGGAUAAUUUGUAUGGAUACACAGAAGGAAAAGAUAUCAUGAGGGAAACAAUAAAAUUUAUGUAUACUGAUUGGGCAGAUCGUCAUAAUCCUGAAACAAGAAGAAAAACCUUGUUGGCUUUGUUCACUGACCACCAGUGGGUUGCUCCAGCAGUGGCAACUGCAGAUCUGCACUCAAACUUUGGUUCUCCAACUUACUUUUAUGCCUUUUAUCAUCAUUGCCAAACAGAUCAAGUGCCUGCAUGGGCAGAUGCGUCCCAUGGGGAUGAAGUUCCUUAUGUCUUUGGGAUUCCUAUGAUUGGUCCCACUGAGCUAUUUCCUUGUAACUUCUCCAAAAAUGAUGUAAUGCUAAGUGCCGUUGUGAUGACAUAUUGGACCAACUUUGCUAAGACAGGGGAUCCAAAUCAACCAGUGCCCCAGGAUACAAAAUUCAUCCACACAAAACCAAAUCGAUUUGAAGAGGUUGCAUGGACUAGAUAUUCUCAAAAGGACCAGCUGUAUUUACACAUUGGCUUGAAACCUAGGGUUAAAGAGCACUAUAGGGCUAAUAAAGUGAACCUGUGGUUAGAACUUGUACCCCAUCUUCAUGUUAUCAAUGACCUUACCACAACUAAAGGGCCAUCCACAGAUAUAACUUCUAGGCCAACAAGAAAAAUCAUUGUUCCUGUAACUUCAGCUUUUCCAACUAUAAAUGAAGAUAAUUUUAAACAGCAACCAAGUCCAUUUUCUUUAGAGAGAGACUAUUCAACAGAGCUAAGUGUUACGAUAGCAGUCGGGGCAUCUUUGCUCUUUCUUAAUAUUUUGGCUUUUGCGGCUUUAUACUAUAAAAAAGAUAAGAGGAGGCAUGACGUGCACAGAAGAUGUAGUCCCCAACGCAACACUGCAAAUGAUAUAGCUCAUGCGCAGGAAGAAGAAAUAAUGUCUCUGCAAAUGAAGCACACUGACUUGGACCAUGAAUGUGAAUCUAUCCAUCCUCAUGAGGUUGUCCUCAGAAAUGCCUGUCCUCCAGACUACACCCUAGCAAUGAGAAGAUCUCCAGAUGACAUUCCUCUAAUGACCCCUAAUACCAUAACAAUGAUUCCUAACACUAUACAAGGGAUUCAACCCAUACACGCCUUCAAUACCUUUACUGCGGGACAGAACAACACACUUCCACAUCCUCAUCCACACCCACAUCCGCAUUCACAUUCUACAACUAGAGUAUAGCCAGAGUAGAUAAAUCACAGACUUUAUUUUUUGAUGUAUUACAGUAGAUGACAUUAAUUGGAAUUCCUUGGCUUUUCAACUUGCGGGACUGUUGCUAUUUAAAUAUGGAGGAGUACAAUGUGUAUAAUGCAUAUACAUAUAUAAAAAAAAGAAACUUUGGAAAUUUUAGAAAAAAAAUCAUUGUAAAUAUUGAAAUGGACAAAAAAAAACAAAUAUGGCAAUUGAAACAAUUGUUGCAAAUGAUAGUUUUUUUCAUUCAUAUUCAAAUGUUAAUUUUUUAAGAUUUAUGUUACAAAA